CGCGGCUGAGUUAGUCACAUUUCAUGUGUGAAAAGUUGACAGUUUAUCAAAAGCUGAAAAAUGGCUCCUGUGUUUAAAACCGCUGGAUAUCUUGAGAAUCGGUUGUCUGCAGAUCGAGACCGCAAAGAUAGCCAAGGAUAUUCAGCCUCCGAUUCCGAAGACAACGAUAGCCAACGCGAAUAUGACCCCGUUGACCUUUCGGAAUCCAACCUGAAAAAGCGCCGCGGCAACCUUCCGAAGGAAGCCGUGAAAGUGUUACGCUGUUGGCUAUACGAACAUCGCUACAAUGCCUAUCCAUCCGAUGCGGAGAAAGCCGAACUAGCCAAACGGGCCAAUCUAACCGUCCUCCAAGUGUGCAACUGGUUUAUCAAUGCCAGACGCAGAAUACUACCGGAAAUGAUCACACAAGAAGGCUUUGAUCCACGUGAUUUCACCAUCAGUCGUAAGAACGGCCGCACACGUCGUCUUCUGCCGGAACUGCAGGCGCGGCUGAUGCACGAAAGUCGGAAACGGCUGCAGCUGUACAGUCAGUACGCACCGGUACACGCCCCUCUUCCCACGCAUCCCGUGCGCCCCACGCCCUUGCCGGGAUGGUAUUUUCCCACGUGGAACUCCAUGUAUUCCGCUGCAUCUCUGAGUGUCCCCUGGCAUCCGUUGAACAGUCUAACGUCAACAGCCGAUUUAUCCUAUCGACAGGCUAUUGCACACCAUUGAGUAUGCAGUUUUGUCUUACGAUUAAUAACCUCAUAAUGCACGUAUCGCACCUAUUCUCAUCUCAUUCUAUAUUCUUUUUGUUAUUGCGCUAAUCGUAUGAUACGGCAUCUUUUGAUGACAUCAGCUAUCAGGUACAAACGUUAACGCUCAGUAUAAGGCAUGUGGUAAUAUAAAGUUUUAAAUUUGAACUUAGCUGAAAAAUUGUUUGUACAUGUCGGAGUGCGAUACCCGUAUACAGCCGAAGCACCGCCUUGUAUAUAUUUGUAAUAAUAAAAAUGCAUUCAAAUC